AUGGGUUGGGGAGGAAAUCCCAGGAUUUUGUGUUACCCCCUCAUCCUUCCGUCUCUCCGCAGCAUCAAUUUCAGUUACGAGUCUUCCUUCCUGUGUGCGUCUAGUGACAAGGGAACAGUUCACAUCUUCGCUCUGAAAGACACCAAGCUGAACCGGAGAUCAGCGCUGGCCCGAGUGGGUAAAGUGGGCCCGGUGAUUGGUCAGUAUGUGGAUUCACAGUGGAGUCUGGCCAGUUUCACUGUCCCUGCGGAGUGCGCCUGUAUCUGCGCUUUCGGGAAGAACACGUCGAAGAAUGUCAACUCAGUCAUCGCAAUCUGUGUGGACGGCACCUUCCAUAAAUACGUCUUCACCCCAGAUGGAAACUGUAACCGUGAGGCGUUCGAUGUUUACCUGGAUAUCUGCGAUGAUGACGACUUCUGACAAAACCGCAGCAACAAUGCUCCCCACCCCCACCCCCACCCCCAAACUGAACCCCCAAUCCCACUCUCCCAAUCCCACUCUCCCAAUCCCAUUCCCAGCCUCACCCCCACUCACCCACUCCCACCCAUACCUCCCAAAUUCUUACCCCCCCAAUUCUUACCCCCCCCCAACCAUUUCCUCCCCACAAGCUUUACUCUGUAUCUAACCCCGUGCUAUCCCUGGGAGUGUUUGAUGGGGGUCGGUGUAGAGGCAGCUUUACUCUGUAUCUAAGCCCGUGCUGUCCCUGUCCUGGGAGUGUUUGAUGGGGGGGGACAGUGUAGAGGGAGCUUUACUCUGUAUCUAACCCCGUGCUGGCCCUGUCCCUGGGAGUGUUUGAUGGGGGUCGGUGUAGAGGCAGCUUUACUCUGUAUCUAACCCCGUGCUGUCCCUGUCCUGGGAGUGUUUGAUGGGGGACAGUGUAGAGGGAGCUUUACUCUGUAUCUAACCCCGUGCUGGCCCUGUCCUGGGAGUGUUUGAUGAGGGACAGGGUAGAGGCAGCUUUACUCUGUAUCUAACCCCGUGCUGGCCCUGUCCUGGGAGUGUUUGAUGAGGGGGUAGACAUGGUGUAGACCCACAUCCUCCCAAAUCCGCCUCUUCCCUACCCUUAAAAAUAAUUGAAACAGUUAAAUCUUUUAUUCAUGUGUGUCUGUUGGCUUAAGGUUUAAAAUACAUGUGUUUUCAACGUU